AGAGAAUUAGAAAAAGAAGAGAAGAAGUUGAAAAACUUGUUAAUAAUAGCAACUUCGAUCCAUCACAAUUAAAGAAUGAUCUGUUAACUUCAAUGAUUGUUGCCAACACACCAUAUGAAACUACACCGCAAAAAAAUGUUGACCCUUCAUUGUUAAGGCCAAUGACUGAUGAUGAAAUACGCGGUAUUAUGUUUGAAGUAUUUGUGGCUGGCACAGAUCCUGGGUCAAAUACAUUUUGUUUUGUAUUAUAUUACAUUUCACAUCACCCACACGUUAAAAAGAAGUUAUUGGAAGAGAUUGAAACGGUUUUCAAAGAUGAUCCAUAUAGAGCAGUAACGAUGAAUGACCUAAAUAAAUUAAGAUAUUGUGAAGCAAUUAUUAAAGAAACGUCAAGAAUAAGGCCUGCAAUUAGCAUGAUUUCAAGAUAUCUUAAUCAACCUGAAGAAAUAGCGGGAUAUAAAUGGCCAUCAGACCAUUUAUUCAUUAU